AGAGUGUUUAAUGACAAAGGGCAUGUUAUGAAACGGGUUACUAGAAAUAAUCAUUAUGAUAUAUAUGAAAUUGAGGGAAGCUUAGAAGUACAACGGCAGCUACUGUUGAAACUAGCAGAGCGAGAAAAUACAAGAAUAGAAAACUUUAAAAGCGAGAGAACAUCUUCCGUCGAAAGUCUGGAGAGCUUAAAAGUAGACAUAGUUCAAGCAAUACAAAAGACAUAG